AUGACAACCAUCACAUAUCCUGAUAUAACACAUAAAAAAUCAGUUCCAGAAAAAUUCAAUCCCAAUAGUUAUCGAGUAUUAUCCGAAGAUAUUCCUGAACAUCACAGUAUUCCAUUUUGGUAUGCUCAUUCUCGUCCAUCACCACUUUACACCGAACCAGAACCUAAUCAAUUACCUGUACAAGCAUCGGAACCACGAAAUAAUCCACAUGCUGCACGUAAAGUUGAUAUGGUUUAUUCCAAUGCUUCAAGUUUUAAUGCUCCAUUCGGUAUUGUCAAAACUGAUAAUGUUAAAAAUGAAGAAACACGUUGGUGGGAUUGGUCAGAACCAAAAGCUGAACCAUAUGGACCUGCAGCAAAAAGUCACGAUGAAUGGACAAAAGUAAAAGAGAGUUCAUAUCGAAAUGCAUUUAAUAUUACUGGACAAGCAGGACCAUAUGCAAAGAAAAAUUCACGUUAUUCAGCUAAUCCAGAACAUAUACGUACAGUAGGCAUUGUACCUGUGACGGAUUUAAAACCUGAAAAUCUUGGACCCGUCAAUCAAACACUUGUUGAAAAAGUAUCAUUUGAACAACAGUAUGAUAGUCGAAAUACAGCAAAUUAUCCUCUUCGUGGAAGACGACAUGGUGCUUUUGUCAUCGAAGAAAAAAAGCCCGAAUUCGAUCGAUCUAAACAAUCUGAUUUCACAUCAACAGCACCUAUUGAACCAACGGCAAGUAUGUGGGAUUUACUUCAUCCAAGUGAACAUUUUCGUGGACAAAUGGAAAGUAAUCCAUAUAAAUAUCGUCGUCCAUUACCACAAAUACAACGUACAUCAGACUACGGUCAAGUUUGGCAAACUGCUCCAUAUGCCAAUGAUUUUCUGAAUGAACGAUGUUAUCAACAACCACCUGUUAUAAAACAAGUCAAUCUUGAUUGA